UCCAACCACCGCCAACUUGGUCCACUUUUCUUCUCUUCUCUCUUCUCUAGUCCUAACUCUUCACCUUCCUUCCUCUUUCUAAAGUUUUGCUUCUUUCUUUCUUACUUUCUCUCACUCACCAAAUAGUUUUCUCACAAAGGAGGAAGAAUGGCAUCUUUCAUUUCACUCUCUUUGUUGCUUCUCUUUCUCAAUUACCCCUUCCUUUCCCUCUCAACCAACCCUGAAGGGAACGCUCUGCAUGCUUUGAGAAGCAGGAUUUCUGAUCCCAACAAUGUGUUGCAGAGUUGGGACCCAACACUGGUUAAUCCCUGUACUUGGUUCCAUGUUACUUGUGACUCCAACAAUCAUGUGAUUCGCUUAGACUUGGGCAACUCUAACGUUUCUGGAACUCUGGGCCCGGAACUUGGCCAGCUACAGCAUCUGCAGUACUUGGAGCUCUACAGGAAUGAGUUAACAGGGAAGAUUCCUAAGGAACUUGGUAACUUGAAAUCACUUAUUAGCAUGGAUUUGUAUGAUAACAAGUUGGAGGGGAAGAUUCCAAAGUCAUUUGGAAAGUUGAAGUCACUUAAAUUCCUGCGGCUGAACAACAACAAGUUGACAGGAUCCAUCCCAAGAGAACUUACUCGUCUCACUAAUCUCAAAAUCUUUGAUGUUUCCAAUAAUGAUCUCUGUGGAACAAUACCAGUUGAAGGCAACUUUGAAUCUUUUCCAAUGGAAAGUUUUGAAAACAACAGGUUUAGUGGUCCCGAGCUGAAAGGACUUGUUCCAUAUGAUUUUGGAUGCUGAAGAAAGAUAGAAAUCGCAUUAUUAUCAUCUAAACAGACUACAAUGAAGAGGCUUAGUUUACGUAGGGAGGGAGUAUCACAAAGGGAAAAGCUGGUGUUAUUUUCACAUCAAUAUUUCCUCACCAUUUUUACACUUUUCUUAAUUGAAAAAAAAAAAGAAAAGGAAGUGUGAAUUGAAAUCUAUGUUUUUCAUAUUUUAUUAUAAAAAGGAAGCUAUGUAAGAAUGCUCUCAAAACAAUUGUAUGUAAAUAACAUUAUUGAUGUAUGCUUGACCCGAAUAUGAAUCUAAAAAUGUCAGAUUUGCAUGUCUAGUUAUAUAAUAACAUGAUUGAACCGCC